AUUCAUUACAUACACCAGGGACAUAUGUAAUAAGAUAUGUCCCUGCAUACACUAAAUUAUAUGUAUUUCCUUAUUUUUAGAUUAACGGCCUAUGAAAGAAAUAGGAACAUUAGGCAUUCUGCAUUGGAGAUUCCUGAUGCCAUUGAUGUGUUUUGGCCAGUUGUUGGCUUCCAGCAUUUGGUUCAAGAUCACCGGAUCAUCCUACCCAAACUAACACACCUGCAGAUAGAGGAGUACUUUUUGUACAGACUGGCAGGAGACAAACAAGCCACAUCGGACGUGAAGGCCCUGCAGAAAGGAGGAGACAUGUUGGCAGGAAACAGAAUCCUAGCAUGUUCCCUAUUGAAAAAAAAUGGACAUAUAUUCCUUACUGGAAUUGUUGGUGCUGCCAUGAAGAACAAGGUAUCGUACAACUAUAAGAUUAGCCUCGAGGAGACGAGUGGGGAUCCUGUUAAUUUAGCAUGUGAAUGUCCAGCUGGCAAAGGACCACAUGGUACAUGCAAGCACAUAGCUUCAGUGCUUCUCAUGCUUGGAAAUUUUAUUUCAAAUGGUACCCUACAAGUACAAAAAACCUGUACAGAAAACCUGCAGAGCUUUCACAAGCCAAAGUCCAUCUAUGAUGGUAAACCCGUUCCUGUGGAAGACAUGCCAACUAAACGUAAAUUUAAUGAAGGUCUUCUGGAAGAUCCUCGUCCCCACAAAUAUCGCAAUAAUGAUGGCUACCCCGACUUUGUGAGGAACAUGAUGGUAAAUCACUGUGCUCAACAUUCACAGGACAUGGCUAUGAGAUUUCUUCACCCAUCUGCUGAUAUAGAG